AAUGGCGGGGAUGGGACCGAUGCAGGUGUGCAAGGCCACCAUGCUAUCCUCCGAAGGUCGCAGAGCUACAUCCCUACUUCAGGCUGCCGAGCCCCAGCGGGGCCACCGCUCCUUAAAAGCGGCUAUUGUGUGAAACAGGGAAAUGUGAGAAAGAACUGGAAACGUCGUUUCUUUACUCUUGAUGAUUUCUCCCUCUCCUACUUCAAGUGUGAACAGGACAGAGAGCCUCUUCGAACCAUCCUUCUGAAAGAUGUACUCAAGACUCAUGAGUGUCUGGUCAAAUCUGGAGAGCUCUUAAUGAGAGACAACCUGUUUGAAAUAAUAACAAGCUCUCGGACCUUCUAUAUUCAGGCGGACAGCCCAGAAGACAUGCACAGCUGGAUCAAGGAGAUUGGUGCAGCUGUCCAGGCUCUCAAGUGUCAUCCUAAAGAAAUGUCUUUCUCUAGAUCAGUUUCAUUGUCCCGGCCUGGAAGCUCCAAUUUCUCAGGUGUGUCCAACUCCACCCCAUGCAGAGGACGGCCACCUGGGGAAGAGAGGAAAGCUCCCUGCAAAGCUCCCUUCAUUGCUUCAUCCUGGCAGCCCUGGACACCUGUCCCACAGGCAGAUGAAAAGCUGCUUCUGGAUGAAGAGACUCCUGGAGGCUCCCCCUUCAUGUCCAGACGUGGGGAAAGUGAUGCCACCCUGCUGUCAAGUUCUCGGGUACGGCAUCGAUCAGAGCCCCAACAGCCCAAAGAGAAACCAUUUAUGUACAACCUGGAUGAUGAGCAUAUACGGACCUCCGAUGUGUAACCAGGCACAGCCCAGCUAGAAAGGAGGGAAAGGGGCUCGUGUGUCCAGAACCAGGAAGUUUCUUUGUCUUGAGAGACAGCAGUGUAUCAGUCAUACUUCUGUGGAGUUGGCUUAUCUGGAGCCUUCCAGGCAUGGCAGACCUUCAAGUUGUUCUACAAGAUAGUAUGUAUUUAGCCUGCUGAAAUAAGUUCAACAAGACCAGGGACCAGUGGUACCAUAACCAUGUUUAGUGAGAAUGGUAGAACUCCACUCCAGGUCCUAACACCUUGAGUAUUCACUGGACUGUUGGUUCUGUGACCUCUGCAUUGAGAUAUCCUUUCAGCACUCAUCAGUUUCCUGCUCUGAGAGAAGUAGAGUUUGCAAAAGACUAUGGGCUGACUUUACCUCUAACAAAGCUUUAUGUCUGUGUGCUUUUUUUUUCCCCACAAAAGAAACUUUACUCAGUCAACCAAUGUUGUUGUUAUUCUUCCUCUGGCUGAGAUCUGGCAAGACAAGGUAUAAGUGAUGAUAUGGGCCAACAAAGGUGAAAACAGCUAAUGGGGCCUGCUGAAGGAUCAACGUUUCUUCCCAGUACACUUGGUUGACCAUGAUACUUUUGCUUGUUCUUGGAUUCUUCAUAAUUCUCUCAUUGUAUCCCAUACUUCUGUUAAGAAUAAUCUAUUUGAGAGGUAGUGUUAAUUUUGGUCAAAAUUCAGUGUUUUUCCUCAGGUUAUAGCCAUAGACAGUUUCCCCUGGAAGGCUGCCAAAGGAAGGAGGGAGUCUGGGUCCCAGCUCAACCACAGAACAUAAAAUAAGUAUAUGAAAAUACUAAGUUGUCUUUUGCAUCCUUUUUGAAAUAUGAAACGGCCAAAUACUGUGAAGUCAUGAGACAUGAGAACCCACCCAUCCUGUUGGCAUGCCAACACUUUUUUAUGUCAAAUGCCAUGGUUGUUCAAGUGGGUGUUGCUUUCAAUAUGGUAUGAUAUUAAUAUGAGAUGUGUGGAGGAUUGAUGAGUAUAUGAUGAUUCCAUGGUCUCAUAUAUGACUGGUCAAAGCUCUACAUUCAGAAUUUGGACUUAUAUUAACUUUAGAAAUAAGUGCUAGGCCUGCUGUGGAAAAGGGAAAAUAAGGUUCAACCAAGUAAACUUUUUUCUCUCCCUGUUUUCCAGCCAGAAUAUAUUGUCUUGUCAAAGGUGAAGAACUAUUCAAGAAGAGCCAACUCAGUCCUUGCUAAUUAUUCAUUAUUUCUUAGGCAAUUGGAGAUUAGUUUUAGGAUAAUGCCAGACCACCACAAUUACUGUAUAAUGUGUCCCAGUUGAUCCCUUUUUAAAGAAUUCCUCACCUAUGCCCUUUGAAUAAUGUGUUGUAUAAUUUAGGGGCACACUGAAAACUCUCCAUUUUCUCUCUCAACAUUUCCCCAAGCAAAUCCUUGGGAUAGAUAGAUUGUUCAGUACCUAGUGUUAAAGCAACAAAAUUUAAUUGACAACUUUCAGAAUCUUUUUUUUUAACAUUCAUGAGAUUAUAAAUAACAUCUUUUGACAUUUAAAUUGUGGGAAACCUCUGUGGGCAUUUUGUGGUAAGAUAAUUGGGAGGGUUAUUUGUACUUUUAAAAAAAACAGAAAUAUGGUUUAUGAAAUGUUGUACAAAUGUAAACUACUGUUAUUAGGAAAAUAGAAAUCAGUUUGGGACCACUGGAUUUCGAGUCAAAAGAGCAAAGGUCAGAUCCUGGCUCUACAACUUAAAUCUACAUACCCUCUGGCAGGGCAUUUUGGGCCUUAGUUUCCUCAGUAAAAUGAAGGGGUUAGCUUAUAUCAGUGGUUUUUAAUUCGUGGUCCUGGGACUCCUGGAGUCCUCAAGACCCUUUCAGGGGAUCUCUGAAUUCAAAACUAUUUUCAUAAUAAUACUAAAACAUUUUAAUUUCAAAUAGAGCAAAUAUCAAUAGAUAUAACCAGUGAGGUGCUGGAGCCAGCUCAAAUCAGCUCUCAAGAGCUUACGUUAAAUUUCCAGUGUGACCACUUAAAUCUUGGGAAUCAAUAAAUGCUACAAAUCAGAGA